AAACCAGUGGGGUUGGGGAGGGCAUUGUUUCCAUGCUUAGCUUAACUAUCCAACCAGCCUGUGAAAAUGUUCCGGCUUUUCAGCAACACAAAAUGCUUCUUGCAGAUGAAACGGGCAUUGCAGAGGCCACUUUGGCCAGUCCGUUUACCAGCAGUGGUACAGCAGAACAGUUUCUCCAUAGAUUCUGUGCAUCACCAGACCCAGACUGUCUCCUCCUGGCCCAAGGAUGUGGGCAUCCUUGCUCUGGAGGUGUACUUCCCUUCCCAGUAUGUAGACCAGGUUGAGCUGGAGAAAUAUGAUGGGGUAGAGGCAGGGAAAUACACAGUGGGCCUGGGCCAGAAGCAGAUGGGCUUCUGUGCAGCCCAUGAGGACAUCAACUCCUUGUGCCUGACUGUGGUACAGCGUCUGGUAGAGCGAAGCCAUCUUUCUUGGGAUUCUAUUGGCCGUCUGGAAGUUGGCACAGAGACCAUCAUUGACAAAUCCAAAGCUGUCAAGACCGUUUUGAUGCAGCUCUUUGAAGAUUCCGGAAACACAGACAUUGAAGGCAUCGACACCACCAAUGCCUGCUAUGGGGGCACAGCCUCCCUCUUUAAUGCAGCUGACUGGGUUGAGUCCAGCUCCUGGGAUGGACGCUAUGCCUUGGUAGUUUGUGGUGAUAUUGCUGUCUAUGCCACCGGGAACGCACGGCCAACUGGUGGAGCAGGUGCUGUAGCUAUGCUGGUUGGACCAAAUGCCCCUCUGGCUUUAGAGAGAGGUCUUCGUGGGACCCACAUGGAACAUGUCUAUGACUUCUAUAAGCCAGACUUGGCUUCAGAGUAUCCUAUGGUGGAUGGGCAGCUUUCCAUUCAGUGCUACUUUCGAUCCUUGGACCGGUGUUACGCCACAUACCGCAAGAAGAUUGAAAGCCAGUGGCAGAAAGCUGGGAUCAACAAGCCCUGUACUCUUGAAGACUUCCAGUUCAUGAUCUUCCACACGCCUUUCUGUAAGCUGGUGCAGAAGUCUCUGGCACGGAUGUUGCUGAAUGACUUCCUUGCAUCCCCCAAGCCUAAUACUGAGAGUGGAAUCUACAAGGGACUAAAGGACUUUGGCAAUGUGAAGUUGGAAGAAACGUACUCCAGCAAGGAAGUGGAUAAAGCUUUUCAGAAGGCCAGCCAGGAGCUGUUCCGGCAGAAAACCCAACCUUCCCUCUUCCUCUCUGCUUGCAAUGGCAACAUGUACACACCAUCCGUGUAUGGCUGCCUCGCAUCUCUUUUGGCACAGUUCUCUGCCCAGCAGCUGGCUGGCUCCAGAAUUGGGGUCUUCUCCUAUGGCUCAGGACUGGCAGCCAGCAUGUUCUCCCUGAAGGUGUCCCAGGAUUCUGCUCUAGGCUCCCCUCUGGAAAAAUUGGUAUCCAGUCUUUCAGAUCUGGAGGCUCGGCUGGAAUCCCGGAUAUGUGUUCCCCCAGAGAAGUUUUCUGAGAUCAUGAAACUCAGAGAGGACACUCAUCAUUUGGUGGACCACACUCCCCAUGGGUCCAAGGAUGACCUGUUCCCAGGAACCUGGUACCUAGAGCAAGUGGAUGACAAGAACCGCAGAAAGUAUGCACGGAAACCAGUCUAGAACGGCCAGUACCAGGGGUUUUCCUGAGUCUCCCAGCCUUAUGGACAGAGCCUGGGGUGAUGGCCUAUCGGGAAGCACAGCAAACUGACUCCUAAACCUGCACUUCUGAAGAUGACUGCUGGGUUUUUGUUGCACGUCACUGUUUCUUAUCCAUGCUUGCUGGGGGGGGGGGGGAGAGAUACAGUUUUACUGCUUCCUUUGCUGCCCACCCCAGGACUUUUGCAAGUCCUGCUGAACUUCUGUGUCUUGUAAUGGCUGAGCUCCCAAGCUUUGCUUUGGUGCAGGCAUCUGCUUCUUCUCUUAGCACUUUUUUGGACUAUACUCUUUGUUGUUGGAAGAAAGAUUUACGUAUAUAAAGUAUUUUAACACUGA